CCUAAUUGAAUUAAAGAGCUCUUCAGCUAAACGAAGUUUCCCAAAAUUUGAGAGAUUAGGGUUUUUCUUGCGCCGUUGAAUUGAUCUGUGAAAAUGAUUUACGACGUGAAUUCGCCACUUUUCCGUUCGUUCCUCAGCCAGAAGGGCGGCGCCUCCGACAAGAGGAAAACUGAAGAGCAGAAGCCGAAGGAACAUAGGCCAAAGGCAAAUGAGAACAAACCUGUUAUGAACGAGUAAGCGUGCAUUAUGCAAGCACUAGUUUGGAUGGAGUUUCCAAGUGUCUAGAUGUGCACUUUAUAAGUGCAACUCUCUAAACUUGAAUAUCGAGUUUGUUUCUCUAGACUAUGUGUAACAAGAUAUUGGUUUUUAUUUAGUGAAGCUUAUUUCUGAUAAA